CUCCAGUGAAAAAGUGCAUCUGCUGUUGUCUCUCACAGAUUAGUUUAGAUCUGUUUAAACGCUGCUUGAUUUGUGCAGAUUUCUCUCCUGAUUCAGACCAGAACACUUUUUCACUGGAGGAAGUGUUAUAAUGGAUUAUAGACUCUAUGUGUUUGAGUUAAAAUCAUCUUAAUGCUGGAUGUGUUUCAGGUUUUGUCUUCUCCAGAUGUUCACUGAUGGACUGGAGUGCUGUGGAUUAUUGUGAUGUUUUUAUCAGACUCUCAUUCUGACGGCACCCAUUCACUGCAGAGCGUCCACUGAUGAGACACUGAUGGAUCUCUUUAGUUGUAGUGGACUGUAGUAACUCCGAGCUGGUGUUGCUAUAGUAACACACGCGUGUUGUCAGGGACACGGGGCUGGAGUUGUUCCGGACUCACAUCAUGAGUGACGCAGUGGUUCAGAGCCGGACGGUGGAGGGAAUCCUGGAGCAGAUCGAGCGCGAGCGAAGCGGAGAGACGGUGGAGCAGUCUGCUGAGGAGCUUACUGAGCAUGCUCUCUGACCUGCAGGUGACUGGACCACACGCUGACCCUGUGGAACCCUGAGGAAGAGAACGACCGCAGUAUCAGUUAUUUGGAUCAGAGCACACAGAAGCCGCUCAUCGCCACAGUGUGUGUGUGUGUGAGCUGAUGCUGCUCUAUGAGCUCUUCAGUAAAGUCAAAGAAGGGCUGACGGCGCUGCUGCAGGCCUGGAGAGACUACAUUAAGGGAAGGACGUGUUUGAGGCCUUCUAGAAGGAUCUGGCCAAGCGUCUGCUGGUGGGCAAAAUACAUGCAGAACCAGAGUGAUCCCAGCAACAUGGAGCUGACCGCCAACAUCCUGACGAUGGGCCAUUGGCCUUCAUACACACCGAUGGAUGUCCAUCAGCCCGCUGAGAUGGUGAAGCUCCAGGUGUUUAAGCUCCUCUAUCUGGGGAAACACAGCGGACGUAAACUGCAGUGGCAGCCCACACUGGGACACACAGUGCUGAAGACUGAGUUUAAAGAGGUAAACACACACUAUAACACACACACACACCACACACACACACAAACAAACUGUGUUGGCUCUAACGACCGACUCAUCUGA